AUGUGUAUGCCAACGAGUAAUGUUGCGGGCUUCGGCUACUCGUGGGGUUUCACGAGUAACGCAGAUCUGACCAAGUGUGAAGUCGAGACACCCAGCAGCCUGAGCUAUACCUUGGGGAAUACGGUUUCUCCAGAAACGACACUGACUGUUAUGUCGCACAAAACUCCACAAGUGCAAGACAAAGUGGGUACAGUAGCAGUAGCGGUAACAAAUGCAGCAACUCAAGUCACAAGGGUGGUAACAGCAGGUACACCUGUGACUGCUAGGAGGGCCAUGUUUGUGUUGAACGAAGCCCCCACGCACACAAUUAGUAGAGUCUCACAACCAAAUCAGACGGCAACUAUACAGAGUGAGUCAACACAUUUAUCUGCAAAACCAUUCAUGACACCGAUUGGUCCUAUUCAGUUGACUGCAGAGGAAUGUAAUGAGAUUUUGAUGAAACGGGCCCUUCAAGCACAAGGUAUAGCCACACCAGUCAUAGAUGCUUCCCAGUUGAAUCAUUCUAUAUUAAAUGGGAGUCUGAAGAGCCUUGCCGAGGCCACCGCCCAGCAGUCACAGGCUGAUUCAAUACAGACAACCGUUCAUCAACACCACUUGCUUAAUACUAAACAGGAACCGGGUACAGCAAAUAAUUCACCUAAAACGGUGUAUUCACAGACAGACAUGAUGACUAACGCUGGGAUGACUGUGCCACCGGUCAAGGAACGUCCAUACUCAUGUGAGGAGUGCGGAAAAUCUUUUCUACUGAAGCAUCAUCUCACAACACAUGCAAGAGUUCAUACAGGAGAGAGGCCUCAUGUAUGUGGUCAUUGUGGGAAAGCGUUUGCAAGAAAACAUUGCCUCAAUACACAUCUACUGUUACAUUCUGCUGACCGGCCCUACAGAUGUCAUGAGUGUAAAAUGGCAUUCACACUUAAACACCAUCUUGUUACACAUUCACGAGUUCACAGUCGCGAGCGUCCGUUUGUAUGCGGCGAGUGCGGUCGAGGGUUCCCCUUGAAGCGACAUCUAGUGACGCACAGCAAGUACCACGCGGGGGAGAGACCCUUCGUCUGCGGAGACUGUGGGGAGAGCUUUGCGCAGAAAGAACAUCUUGUAAUGCACAGUCGUUUCCACGGUUCAUUGUCACCGUUCGUAUGUCCUGACUGCGGGGUCGCCUUCGCAAGAAAAUUCCAACUUGUCAAUCACGGCCGAGUACACGGCAGAGUGCCACACGCCUGUCCCGUCUGUGGGAAAGAAUUUCUACAGAAGAGGACUCUAGUCGCGCAUCUGAAAAUUCACACGGGAGAAGGAGCGGUGGCUUGUUUAGAGUGUGGCGAAGCUUUUAAAUGUAAACCCGAACUACAGCAGCAUUUGAAGAUAACGAGGCACUGUCUCACUGCGACCCAACAGCAGAGUCAGCAACAACAACAACAGCAGCAACAACAACAGCAACAGCAGCAGCAAGCACAGCAACAGGCUCAACAACAAGCCCAGCAACAGCAACAACAACAGCAGCAACAACAACAGACAACUGUUAUAAAACAAGACGAUUUCAAACCUCAAAUAGUUCAAGUAAUUGGUGCCGAUGGUCAAAUUAUCACUGAGAAGGCAUCCCCUGGUUAUGUGUGUCCUGAAUGCGGCUCUUGCUUCAAUACCAAGGAGGCGUUGUCACUGCACGUGAGACUGCACGCGGGCGACCGCACGUGUGUCACUGACCUGUGUGCACUCACCGCCGCCUUGCAGCCCAGUCUGGUGCAUCACAAUCAACCCAUUCAAAUAAUAUCUUCCAACCCCAGUAACGUAGUACACACACAGGUAAUAGCAACGAAUCAUCACAUGACGACCCCACGACCGAAGUUACAUUUCUGUGUCGACUGCGGUAAAGGAUUCGCUGCGAAACACGGCUUAUUGGCUCAUCAUAAAAGGCAUCCAGAUAGCAGUUGUACCCUUCGGACGCACGUGUGUGAUCAGUGUGGGAAAGCAUUCUUCCAGAAGAACCAUCUCAUGCUGCAUCAGAGACAACACAUGGACCUACCGCCUAGAAAUUCACAAGCACAACAACAAGCAACACAACAAGCACAACAGCAAGCGGCCCAACAGGCGGCACAGCAAGCGGCGCAACAGGUAGCACAACAAGUACAGCAACAGGUGCAGCAGCAGCAACAACAGCAGCAGCAACAACAACAACAACAGCAGCAGCAGCAACAACAUCAGGUGCAGCACCAGAACCUCGAGAUGGAUCAGCAAGAUCACCAGCAACCGACUCACAUACAGGUUGUAACGAAUCGUUCGGGGCAGGUUAUAGGCAACCAGAUAGUAGUGGGCACUGUCGGCGGGCGACGUGCCCUGCUCGGCUCACCGCUACACAUAGUCACCAGGGACGGGAAACAACUCGCCUCGCAGAUAGGACACAAGAGACACCACGCCGGUGAUGUGAAGGAGGUCGGUGGGCUAGUAUUGUCGGGUCGUGGGGCGACUGGGCUCAUCAAGUACGAGAUAUCGAUACCACCGCCGGCGUCAGUGGUACAAGUACAGCAACUAGACUGA